AUGGCUGUUUUCUCCAUGGGGGCUGUGAGGAUGUCCCAGAUGUGGAUGCUGAGAUGGGUGGUUCUACUAGUAGGGCAACAACUGAUACAAGCAGGCUUUAUGGAGGAUUAUGGAGUAAUGGGAGAUUCUAGUGACUUGACUAUGUGGCCAACAACACCAUCAGUUCGUGCCAGUAACCAUGUCAACAACAUCUGUAGCAUGUGGGGAAACUUCCACUUCAAAACAUUCGAUGGGGACUUUUAUCAGUUCCCAGGCACGUGCGAGUAUAACCUGGUCUCUGACUGCCAAAGCCUCAUUCGCCAGUUCUCAGUUCACGUGAAGAGAACAGAACACACCAGCAGCCCAAAGAUCAGCAGAGUCCUGGUUACCAUCAAUGACAUCACCGUCGAAAUCACUGCAGACAAGGUCAUCAUCAAUGGAAAAAAUAAAUUGCUGCCAGUGCAUGUCGCAGGAAUUCUUGUGGAAGAGAACACAAUUUACAUGAGACUCCAUUCAAAAAUGGGCAUAACUGUCAUGUGGAACAAAGAGGAUGCAGUCAUGGUGGAGUUGGACUCCAAAUUUUCAAAUCGCACAUGUGGAUUGUGUGGUGAUUUCAAUCGGGCUGCAGUUUAUAAUGAGUUUAUUCAAUCAGGAUAUGAACGAGAGGUAGGCUACAUUGAGUUUGGGAACAAGCACAAAGUUCCCAACCCAAAGGUGGAUUGCAAAAAUCCCUCUGAAGAAGACGAUGAGCAGAUUUUAGUAGAUCAUUCUGAAAAACAUGUAAGUUGCAAAUGCUAUCUGUAUUGGUCACGCGAAGAUUGUGAUGACCUUUUGAAAGAUGCAGACUGGUUCUCCUGUAACAAGAUUUUGAACCCUGAGCCAUAUAUCGAGGCCUGUAUGAAUGACAUGUGCUUGUAUCAGCCUGAAGAUAAUGACAACUCCACACUCUGUGCAACUCUGUCUGAAUAUUCACGUCAGUGUUCCCAUGCUGGGGGAACUCCGCCCACCUGGAGAAGAGCUGACUUCUGCGCUGUGGCAUGCCCCUACAAUAUGGUACAUUCUGAAAGCGGCUCCCCUUGUAUGGACACAUGCUUGCACAAAGACACGAACACACUGUGUGAGCAACACAACAUUGAUGGCUGCUUCUGCCCACCAGGAACUGUGUUUGAUGAAAUCUCAAACAUGGGCUGCAUCCCAGUGGAAGAGUGUCAGUGUAAGCAUGACCGCGUCUACAGCACAGGAGAGGUUCUCUACAAACAUAACGCGGAAUGCAUAUGUAAGGAGGGAAACUGGAUCUGUACAAGUAUUCCUGGCCCUGGCUUGUGCGCAGUAGAAGAAGGAUCUCACUUUACCACCUUUGACGGGAAAGAAUUCACUUUCCAUGGAGAUUGCAACUAUGUGCUCUCAAAAGACUUUGAGGAGUCAAAGUUCAUCAUACUGGGUCAGAUUGUUCCUUGUGUUAGCCUUAAUACUGACACCUGCUUGAAAUCUAUAGAAGUGAUGUUUAACAAUGACAAGAACCAUGUGAUGAUUAAAGCUGAUGGCACAGUUCAACACAAUGCAAUAGUUUCACUUCCUUACACGACAGCUGACUUCACAGUGUUCAUGCCAUCAUCGUUUCACAUCAUGCUUCAGACGACCUUUGGGCUGCAGGUGCAGGUACAGCUGGUGCCUCUUAUGCAGGUCUACAUCACUGUGGACCAAAGCUUCCAGGGCAAGACUUGUGGUAUCUGUGGAAAUUUUAACAAAGUGCUGUCAGAUGAUCUGGAGACUCCUCAGGGAGUGGUAGAGGGUACAGCAGUUUCCUUCACAAAUGCCUGGAAGACACAGUCCAACUGCCCCGACCGUACUGAAAGACUAGACGACCCCUGUUCCUACAGUAGUGACAGCAAGCACUAUGCUGAGUAUUGGUGUUCCCAGAUGAAGGAAAAGAAGAGCCUUUUUGCCCAAUGUCACACCACUGUCAAUCCAGACAGCUACUACAUAAGAUGCAAAUACUCCAGCUGUACCUGUGAGAAGAGUGAGGACUGUCUGUGUACAGUGUUCUCCUCAUAUGCACGGGCCUGUGCAUCCAAAGGAAUAAUCCUCCAAGGCUGGAGAGAAAUUGUGUGUGAAAAAUAUACAGAGAAUUGCCCGGCCUCCCAGAACUACUCCUAUGAGCUGCAAGGCUGUCAGCGUACCUGUCUGUCUCUUUCCUCUGAGCGCCAAAGCUGCAGUGUUGACUUUGUGCCCGUUGACGGAUGCGCAUGUCCAGAGGGACUCUACCAGGAUCAGAAUGGACUGUGUGUACCUAUGGAAAAAUGCCCAUGUUACAACAAUGGCGUGACAGUCCAACCUGGCACAUCUAUUAACAUUAAGAAUGAACACUGGCUAAUGCUCAAGAAUCGGCGAGGUGGGCUUCAGGAUUUACUCAAUACACGGCAGCCACCUGAAUUCUCGCAGGACUGUGAAUCUGGCUGUCAGUGUCCUGCAGGUCUACUUGAUGAUGGCAGAGGAAACUGUGUUAACCCUUAUGACUGUCCAUGUCCUCACAAUGGAGAGUUUUAUGCACCAGGGACUGAGAUAAUCGUAGACUGCAAUAACUGUACUUGUCAACACGGAACAUGGACAUGCACAAAAAAUAUCUGUCCAGGCAUCUGCACAAUAUAUGGAAGCGGACAUUAUAAAACUUUUGACCAGCAGAGAUUCGGAUUCAGGGGAGAGUGCAGUUAUAUAGCUGCUGAGGAUAAAUGUGGAAAUAAGACAGGAACUUUUCAUGUAAUCACUGAGAAUAUUCCUUGUGGAACAACAGGGACAACAUGCUCAAAGGCUGUUGUCAUCCUUUUGGGGAGAACUAAGUUAGAGCUUUAUGGUGGGAAUGUAACAGCCUUUGAUACAGAAAGUGGCCCACAGAUCAGUUACAACAAGACAAUGAUUGGGAUGUACCUUGUCAUUGAUGCUGAUAUUGGACUGACAGUUUUGUGGGACCGCAGGACAACUGUUCGCAUCAUUUUGCAACCUCAACACAUGGGAGGUGUUUGUGGACUAUGUGGAAAUUUCAAUGGAAAUGGAAAAGAUGACUUUACUACUCAAGGCAGUUUACAAACCACAGAUAUAAUUGAGUUUGUUGACAGCUGGAAAGUGUUAGGCACCUGCCCUGAUGCUGCACCAGACUUUGACCCAUGCUUUAAGAACCUUGAACGAGAGCCAUGGGCAAAACUACAAUGUAGCAUCAUAAAAGACAGUGAGGCUACAUUCAAACACUGCCAUAACAAGGUGGAUCCAAACCCAUAUUAUGAAAACUGUGUGAAGGACUCAUGUGCAUGUGACACAGGUGGAGAUUGUGAGUGCUUCUGUACAGCUGUGGCAGCUUAUGCUCAAGCCUGCAAUGAGGCAGGUGUUUGUGUGGACUGGAGAACCCCUGAGAUCUGCCCUGUGUACUGUGACUACUACAAUAAACCAGAAGGAUGCACGUGGCAUUAUAAUCCUUGUGGUAUACCUUGCUACAAAACCUGUAGCAACCCUUUUGGUAUCUGCAAUAACACUUUACCCAACCUGGAAGGAUGUUAUCCAAAAUGUCCAAAGAAUGAACCUAUUUUUGAUGAGCAAAAUCAGGUCUGUGUGAAAGAGUGUAGGUGCUGUAACUAUGGUGGAAAACAAUAUGACCAUAACGACACCAUUUACAACAUUAAGGAUGAUAUGGGAAUGUGUUAUUAUGCAGUUUGCAUAAAUGCCACAGUGAUUGCAACAGAGAAACCCUGUACAACACCUUCAACAUUUACCACAACUACAAGUACUCCUAUGGCACCUGUGUCAACACAAACACCACAUGUAACUAGUACAAGUACUGGCACUACACCUUCACCAUUUACAACCUCUUCCACUACAACAACUACUCCUUUGGCACCUACCCCAACAGAAACACCAUCUACAACUAGUACAAGUACUGGCACAACACCCUCAACAUUUACAAUCUCUUCCACUACCACAACUACACCUUUGCAACCUACCUCAAGAGAAACACCAUCUACAACUAGUACAAGUACUGGCACAACACCUUCAACAUUUACAACCUCUUCCCCUACCACAACUACACCUUUGCCACCUACCUCAACAGAAACACCACCUACAACUAUUCGAGAUACUGGCACAACACCUUCAACAUUUUCAACCACUUCCACUACUACAACUACUCCCAAAGAACUUGUGUCAACAGAAACACCACAUUACAAGUACAGAGACAACACCUUCACCAUUUACAACCACUUCAACUACAACAAGUACUCCUAUGUCACCUGUGUCAACAGAAACCCCAUCUUCAACUAUUCCAAGUACUGGUACAACACCUUCAACAUUUACCACAACUUCCACUACAACAACUACUCCCACAGGACCUGUUACAAGUACAGAGACAACACCUUCACCAUUUACAACCACUUCAACUACAACAAGUACUCCUAUGUCACCUGUGUCAACAGAAACCCCAUCUUCAACUAUUCCAAGUACUGGUACAACACCUUCAACAUUUACCACAACUUCCACUACAACAACUACUCCCACAGGACCUGUGUCAACAGAAACACCACAUGUAACUGGUUCAAGUACAGGCACAACACCUUCACCAUUUACAACCUCUUCCACUACCACAACUACUCCCACAGAACCUGUGUCAACAGAAACACCACAUGUAACUAUACUCCUAUGUCACCUGUGUCAACAGAAACCCCAUCUUCAACUAUUCCAAGUACUGGUACAACACCUUCAACAUUUACCACAACGUCCACUAGAACAACUACUCCCACAGAACCUGUGUCAACAGAAACACCACAUGUAACUAGUACAAGUACAGAGACAACACCUUCACCAUUUACAACCACUUCAACUACAACAAGUACUCCUAUGUCACCUGUGUCAACAGAAACCCCAUCUUCAACUAUUCCAAGUACUGGUACAACACCUUCAACAUUUACCACAACUUCCACUACAACAACUACUCCCACAGGACCUACAACACCUUCACCAUUUACAACCACUUCAACUACAACAAGUACUCCUAUGUCACCUGUGUCAACAGAAACCCCAUCUUCAACUAUUCCAAGUACUGGUACAACACCUUCAACAUUUACCACAACUUCCACUACAACAACUACUCCCACAGGACCUGUGUCAACAGAAACACCACAUGUAACUAGUACAAGUACAGGCACAACACCUUCACCAUUUACAACCUCUUCCACUACCACAACUACUCCCACCGAACCUGUGUCAACAGAAACACCACAUGUAACUAGUACAAGUACAGAGACAACACCUUCACCAUUUACAACCACUUCAACUACAACAAGUACUCCUAUGUCACCUGUGUCAACAGAAACCCCAUCUUCAACUAUUCCAAGUACUGGUACAACACCUUCAACAUUUACCACAACUUCCACUACAACAACUACUCCCACAGGACCUGUGUCAACAGAAACACCACAUUCCAACUACUGGCACAACAUCUUCAACAUUUACCACAACUUCCACUACAACAACUACUCCCACAGAACCUGUGUCAACAGAAACACCACAUGUAACUACUACAAGUACAGAGACAACACCUUCACCAUUUACAACCACUUCAACUACAACGAGUACUCCUAUGUCACCUGUGUCAACAGAAACCCCAUCUUCAACUAUUCCAAGUACUGGUACAACACCUUCAACAUUUACCACAACUUCCACUACAACAACUACUCCCACAGGACCUGUUCCAACUACUGGCACAACAUCUUCAACAUUUACCACAACUUCCACUACAACAACUACUCCCACAGAACCUGUGUCAACAGAAACACCACAUGUAACUACUACAAGUACAGAGACAACACCUUCACCAUUUACAACCACUUCAACUACAACGAGUACUCCUAUGUCACCUGUGUCAACAGAAACCCCAUCUUCAACUAUUCCAAGUACUAG